UAAGAAAACGGUUUACGGUAGCUCCAAGUGUCACACAGAGAGUGACUUGGAAAGGAAGGAAGCGACGAUCUUUAGCGUGUGCGCACAAUUAUUGCUCCCCUCGGUUGAAAACGGACUGCCUUGCAGAUAAAUCGUUAAACAUGCCAGAUCGGGGAUUUUUAAAUGUUAGGGGCGUGAUAUUCGCGUUUCACACUAAACCAGGGGUAACCAGUUCUCCUGGUAGUGUCGUGUGUUAGAUGGGUCGUGAUAAAUACUUUAACAAGAGCACAGUCUGGGCAUUGCAGUAAGUGUAUCAUCCAAGCGAACCAGCAAAAUACAUGUGUAUACAUCAUUGCUGAGAUACCUACUGUAAAGCGUCUGUUAAUGUGUUUUAGUUAUUCAUAUAUAUGCAUGAUGAAGAGAGGACACCUUUCAGCACUUGGAGCUGUAUACAGAUCGUGUAACUCGGUAAUGUAAUCAGACGGGAAGAGGAAUGAGAUUGUUUUUCACGUUCGUCAGUUUGCAAUACUGUUUGUUGUAAAAGUAAGAAUCAAUGUGUGAAAAGACCCAAUUGCAAACCGGUAGCUGGGAUUUUUUAUUUUCAACUAGGAAGAAGGACACGGCAACCAAACCAAGACGAGCGCAAAAAAAUAGAUCUCCAGGCUCAGUAGGAAAUGGACUCGAGUGUUUUUAAAGGGUGUCGAACCAAAUGCAAACUUGACACGACUGGCGCUGAUAUUUAAAACAGUUCGUUACCGAGGGUGACAACUUCAAAUGACGCAAGAAAGGAAUGCCUGACUACUCUUUUUCAAAUGUGAAAAUGGAAGCCAAGCAAGGCUUCUGAAUGAAAAGCAUGUUGUCAAAUUGAAAAAACAAACAGAAAAGACUAAAUUCCGUCUGUCUAUAAAAUAUAAUUUUCUAGCUUUAAGAAAAAUCAGUACAAUGUGGCUACAGCAGAGACUGAAGGGGCUUCCAGGACUGCUGUCCAGCAGUUGGGCGAGGAGGAUGCUGGUUGGGUUGCUGCUCUUCAUGGUUAUAUACUGGUACCUCAGUUCAGAUGGGCUCCUGCGCUUCUUGACUAGCUCUGGGGAGCCUCACGGGGCCACGGGAGUCUGCCUGCAGUCCGAAAUGCAACGAUGGAAACCGCUGGUGGACCGAGGGGAAGGGGUCCUGGUAGCGCCACCAGGCAGGGCGUCUGGACCUGCUGUUGUUGGGAAUGGACACCUCCUAGUGGACAUUGAGAGCAACAAGCUUUGGGUCUCCUCCUCCCAGCCUGGCUCUUCCCCGGUUCUCCUGACCGAAUACCCGCCUUUAGUGGCGCUGAAGCCAGCCGAGACGCGAUCUGAAGGCCAGGCUGUGAUGCUUUGGUUCCAUAAAGGUUCUGUGCUUUCGGUCCAUUGUCUGCUCGUGGGGCCUACUCAAGGUGAUUGCGUGACCCUUCGGGAAGAGUUAAUCGCACACCGCAGCCGGCCCAAUCUAUACCUGCAGAGGAUUCACAUCUCCAACCCUACGGACCGCCCCGUCACCUUUGACGUUGCCUCCCUGACCCCGUCCUUUGGGAGCAAGUUUUUGGCCAGCGUUGAAAAGAUCGAGGACCAGGAUAUCAUGUUGUCUACAGGGAGGGUCCUGACCGAGAAGAAGCAGAUCGUGCUGGUCGCGGUGGCCACCAAGAAAAUGGGCAGCAGGCUUCAGGUUGUCGCUAAGUCAGAGUUUGCCGAGAACGUGCUUUCGGUGGUGUACACCUCCGAGCCCAUUGACUCCUCAAAGCUGGAAGAAACUUUGAGCAGACUGAAGGAGGGAGCCAGGCGAGAGAUGGGAGACUUGAUGAGAAUGAGCGUAGAGGACCUUUACCAGGAGCAUCAGCAGUCAUGGACUGACCUCUUCAUUUCGGGUGUGGAGAUGAAAAAGAUCAUGGAUGCCCACACUCCCUCCAGCGACACUGUCAAUACCACGCUGUACUAUGUGCUCUCCAUGUCCACAGCGCCCCUGCUGGACAAGAAGCUCAGCGCAGAGGAGCGCGAGAAGCUGGAGUCCAGCCUGAACUAUGCCGAUCACUGCUUCAGUGGCCACGCCACCAUGCACGCAGAGAACCUGUGGCCGUCCCAGGUGAGCGGCGUGGCGCACAUCCUGCAGCUGGUCAACCUCUGGAACCUCACCCUGCAGAAGAGGGGCUGCAAGGCCCUGGUGGCAGCCGGGGUCCACGGGGUCAUGCAGGGCAUGGUGCUGAGCUUUGGUGGGCUCCAGUUUACUGAGAACCACCUCCAGUUCCAGGCGGACCCCGACGUGCUGCACAACAGCUACUCCCUGAGGGGGAUCCACUACAACAAGGAUUCUAUCAACCUGGCCGUGCUGCUGGACUCGGAGGGCAAGCCCUUCCUCCACCUGUCGGUCAAGCCCCAGGACAAGCAGGUGAAGCUGUACGCCUGCGAGGCCGGCUGCAUGAACGAGCCUGUAGAGCUCACCUCGGAGGUCAAAGGGCACGUCUUCCCAGUCAUGGUGACCCAGCCCAUCACCCCGUUGCUGUACAUCUCCACGGACUUGACCCAUCUGCAGGAUCUGAGGCACACCCUUCACCUGAAAGCCAUUCUUGCUCACGAAGAGCACAUGGCGAAGCAGUACCCAGGACUGCCCUUUUUGUUCUGGUUCAGCGUGGCUUCCCUCAUAACCCUGUUCCACCUCUUCUUGUUCAAACUGAUCUACAAUGAGUAUUGGGGGCCGGGUGCGAAAGGGCUUUUCAGGAACAAGCAGGUAGUGAACCCCAGUGAUGACUUAUGACAGCCUAGGAAUCAGCCUGCAGUUAAAGGAUGUGAAGAGUCCUCAAUGCAACCUUCUGAGUAAGGUUGUCAUGUACAGAGCGUAAUGUUUGAAGAUCCUACUCUAUCACAAAGGACGAUUUCUUACUGUCUUUCAGAUGAUCUGUUUGGGACAUGUGAAGGUUAUGACAUUGACAAGGAGACACUGUCCUAAGUUAUUUUUAUUUUGUUUGUUUUAAUUUAACAGGAUGACCCCAGUGUGUGAACUGUUUGAAUUUCCAGCAAUCCACACUGAAGCUACGGCAGCCACAGAAGCUCUUCCAAGUCCCGACCUGUUAAAAAAAGACGUUAUUAAAUUAUUUGAUCUCCUUGGUUAGAUAGUAAUGAAAAAGUGUUGCAAUAGAAGUUUUGCAAUGUUAUUGUAAUGGCCUCACUCAGAGGGAACACUUUCCCUGAUCUUGGGAUCACCUUGAUUCAGUGAUGUUAGUUUAAAAAUACAACAAGAAAGAUUUCUAGGGCUUUCUGUUUGCACACGCAGCGACUGUGUGGUUUGAAAGUCUCCUGAAUGCGUGUAGGAGGUGUUAUUUGCAGUGAUUUUUUUUUUUUUUGUUUGUUUUUUUUUUUUUUACUCAACCAGAAAAUGUGAAAUUAAUCAUACCAUGGCCAAGCAGAGUUGAAAGGGAGAUGGAUUAUGUGAUUUUACUUUGAAUCAGGAAGUAUUCAAAAGGGGCUUGCAACUAGGAUUCCACAGGCUCACAUAAUGAUACACACACAAGAUUGAAUCAAAAGACUUUAAAACACACACACACACACACACACACACACACACACACACACACACACACACACACACACACACACACACACACACACACACACACACACACCUUGAAAACUACUUGCCUGUUAACGUAAUAAAGAUUGAUCUGUUUGUCCAGAUUGACAAGAAGUUCAAGCCUGGGCAGUUCUGCAUUGCUGGUUAACUGCAGUGGAAUGUAAUAUGCUGUCGUCAGCCUUCAAUCCCCAUAACACAUUUCACUCCAGUACAAGUGAAUAGGCAGCCUUGAAUGUGUUGUCUCUUUGGGGGCUGGGUAAUCCAGAUUUGUGUGUAUGUUUGCCUAUAACAGUUUAACAGAACAGAUGAUUUACCACAGUAACAAUACUGUGUACAUUUAGCGUGCGAUGAAUUAGCAAUGUAGGGUUUUCCUGGAAAUAUUUAAGGAAUCGGAAAUAUUCCGAAUGCAGUCAAAGUAACGACACUAUAGCAUCUACUGCUAAAUUAUUUUUUGUUCAUAGUAGGCGGUGUUCUGCGUGUGUUUUAAUAAUUUGUACAGAUAAAAAUGUGUGCUUGACUACUGAAUAUUCCAAACGAUUUUCAAAAUGUUAUUUUAUAAUAUUUGUUUUCUCUUUCAGUAGUUGUCAGAGUUAAUAGCGGAUUUGUCAGCAACACGCUUAAACUCAGGAGCAGUGCCUUUUCAACCUUUUACAAAUCAAACGCAGCAGUUAGCGCGCUGGUAGUUGGAUUGUAUUUACUGUGGCUUGCACUACAGCAACUUACUGAUCGAUUCAAUAUUUACAGUGGGGAUCAUUUACCGUCACUGGAACUGUACCGAAAAAUCCCUACUGGGG